UUUCGAACUGGACUCGCUCGGCACGACAGACAGGAAGGAUAUGGCGUCAGGACCGACGUAUGCAAGGGAGAGCACGCCUCUCCUCAGUGCGUCCAUGCGUGCCAACGAGGACCGGUACUACAUGGGACAGGACAAGCGGUCGUUACUGAACACGGCGGAAAGCGGCCUUUCCACGGUGGAAGCGGCGCGGCGCCUCAAGCAGUUCGGACCAAACGAACUCGUGGAUCGCACACACAAGGUGUCUCUAGGGGUCAAGUUCCUGCAACAAUUCGGCACUCCUACUGCCGUGUUGCUUUGGAUUGCCAUUGCGGCGGAAGCGGCGACGGCGGACAUCCCCGAUCUUGCCGGGUUGGUGUUUCUCCAGCUCGUGACCGCCGUCGUGGGUUGGUUUGAAAUCCUCAAGGCUGAGAACGCAGCGACAGCGUUGAAAGCUUCCCUCAAACCGGAAGCCCAAGUCAUCCGCGAUGGGGUGCAUCAAACGAUCAACGCCGCGCUGCUCGUGCCAGGAGACCGCGUGACGUUGUCGGGCGGGUGUGCCGUGCCGGCCGACUGCGAUCUAUGCGACCAGGGCGGCAACCACAUCCUUGUCGACGAAGCCAUGUUCACGGGUGAAACGUUCCCUUCCAUGUUGGGGGCCGGGGACACGGUGAAGAUGGGUUCGUUGGUCACGCAGGGCGACACGGUCGAAGGCAUCGUGUCUGCCACGGGUAGCCAGACGUUCCUCGGUCUCGUGCAUGCUUCGAUGCCGGCCACGUACAAGCAGGAAGCAGGCCUCUUCCGUCCCAUGUUGGUCGAGAUCACCCUCGUUUUCUCGGCACUCGCGCUUGUGCUCGUGGGGGUUUGCGGCGGCAGCUUACUCGUCCACGGGCACUCUAUAUGCGAUUCGAUUGGGUUCAGCGUGCUCUUGUUCCUGCUGUCCAUCCCGUUGAGUUCAUCUCAGGUCGUGUCGUCUUCCCUGGCAGUCGGCUCGCGACACUUGGCCGAAGCCAAGGUGCUGGUCACCCACGCCACAGCCAUCGAACGACUGGCGGCGCUGUCGCUGCUGUACGUUGACAAGACAGGCUCGCUUACCCGCAACAAGAUGGAGCUCCAGGACGAACUUCCCAUCUUCGCGCCGCACACAACCCGCGAAGAUGUGCUGGUGAUGGCGGCGCUAGCGGCCAAGUGGAAGGAACCCCCCAAGGACGCUAUCGACACGCUCGUUCUAAAUGCGAUUGAUCUGAGGCCAUUGGAUGCAUAUACGCUGGUGAAUCAUCGCCCCCUUGACAACUUGAAGCGCACCGAGUCGACUGUCCGGCGUCCGCCGACGAAAUCAACAACCAAUGGAAGUGGAAAGAAUGACGAGCGACACGAUACAUGUAGCCGGACGUUCAAAGUUACCAAGGGGGCCCCCCAUGUCCUAUUGUCACUGUGUUCAAAUGUCGACGAUGCGAUGCGAGAGGCGGUCACGUCCAAAGUGUUGGAGCUGGCCAUGCGAGGCGUUCGCGCGAUUGCCGUGGCGAGAACCAACCCUGUCACAGAUGGGGGAACAUCUGCGACAGGGGGAUGGGUGUUGCUGGGGCUGCUCACGUUUGUGGACCCGCCGCGCCACGACACGAAGCGGACAUUGGAACUCUUACAUGAACAUCAUGUUAGUGUCAAGAUGGUCACUGGCGAUACGCGAGCGCUGGCGGCCGAGUCGUGUCGGCAGCUGCACCUUGGGCCGGUGGUGCUCACUCCGUCGCAGUGCAUCGACCAUCCCGAGUACGUGGAAGCGGCGGACGCUGUCGCAGAAAUAGACGGGCCAGCCAAGGUCAAGAUCGUACAGCUGAGCCAGGCAGAUGGCCACGUCGUGGGCAUGACGGGGCUAGGGGAUACCGCGUCGCUUCGACAGGCAAACGUCGGCAUCGCCGUGGACGGAGCGACGGACGCCGCCAAAGCCGCCGCCGAUGUCGUGCUUACCAAAGCUGGGCUGUCCGUCUUAUUGCAUGGGAUUGUGCUUGCGAGGCAAGUGUGCCGUCGGAUUCUCACGCACGUGACGUACCGUGUCGCAUCUUCGCUGCAUCUGCUAUUCUUCUUCGUCGUGGCCAUUGGAUGGCGGCGCCGCGCCGUCCCCCGUGUCACUGGUCUUGUCCAGGCUAGUACGAAUACGAGUAGUAUUACUAGCCCUUCCAGCGAAGUCGAAGGAGAGUUUUCGCUGCCUGUGAUCGCCCUUGUGCUGCUAAGUCUGUUGAACGACGGGUUGCUGGCAUCGGUGGCCCCCGUGGACUCUGUCGUGGCGUCACUUCAACCGCCGACGUGGCACCCCCGUCGAUUUGGAGUGUAUGUGGGCUCGCUGGCGAUUGUCAGCACGGGUUUGUCCGUGGUGUGGCUAUGGUGGCUACUAGACAACGCCGCUAGUACUACUAGCUCCACCCUCACCCAUCUCUUGCAGCGGCUGGGGCUACUAGAUGCGACAUCGUCGACCUUGUCAUAUGGCCAAGUCCAGAUGGCGAUGUACCUCCAGCUAUCCCUGUCCGAUUUGGGUCUGUACUUCUCAGCCCGGGCCACAGACGGAGGCUUGGCAUGCCUCGUCACCUGCCCGGGCAAGCCGCUGGGACUUGCGACGGCGUUAUCGGCGGCAUCUGCGACACUGUUGGCGCUGUUUUGGCCGUUCCAAACCAUGCAGCGAGUGUCGGAACGGCUGGUGGCGGUGACAUGGGUGUUUGUGAUUCUGGGGUUUGGGCUCCAAGAACUGGCCAAAGGCGCGGCGGUCGGGUGCCUGGAGCGGGUCCUGCCCGAAGCGGAUAACUCGGCCGAGUGGCAGCGGCGGAAUCGGCUGGCACUGCUCCACCAACAUCAAGCAGCUCGGCAAGAUGGGACUCUGGCGAUUGGAUUGGACUCGGCCGUGGACAGACUGGCGCGGCUGGAUAUUGAGCUCAAGGCGGUGCGGUCCGUGUUGCAGGCUGCGUCGGCGAGUUGCCAUUGAAUAUAGUUGAUUCGAUUCGAAACUCGAGUGUUUGGGUGCGCAAUCGAAUGAGCAGCAACAUUAAAUCGGCAGACAAUCGAUAUAUGACCAAUAAAAACACAAAACAUGAAUCAACUAGCCAAUCAAA